CAGCUUCCAAUUUCCAUCUGCAUCCGUCCGUCGAUUUUGCAUUUGCAUACGUAGGUAGUAUUAGUGUAUAGUAUAGUAUAAGAAGGAGCGGAGUAUGUACUCGGUGCAUAACGCAAUAUUUACAUUAUUGAGCAAAGCGACGUAUACGCAAGCCGUAAAGGCCGAAUGUUAAUAACCCGACCGUCUUAUACAGGCUACACACACUUUGACUAAACUUACCGUAUCGUCAUAUUAGACGUCACCUGCGCAAGUAUAAUAGUAUAGGUAUGCUGUUCGCGCGGCGCCGCUCGCAACUCGCAGCGAUGGAGAACUACUGAGUGUCCGCCCGUCCUAAUUUGCAAGUCAAAACAUGCCAAUUGUAUCCGCCGCUAAAACACGAAAAACCUAUGCUUCCGACAAGUGAAAGCACACUUAUAGCACUGAAGAGCUUCUGAUACUCCGUGCGGCAGUACAACCUAGUCAUGACCAGCCCUAUCAAGAUCAAGCUGACCCUCAAGCAGUGGUGCGAGCAGUACAAAAGAUGGAUCGCCAAAAAUCCAAACCUCGUCUCGGACAUCGAGAGCACCGUCAAAUAUGUCUCGUUCUUCACUGCUGGAAGGUUAAACAGCUCUACACUGGCCUCUGAGUUUGUUUACUCGCUGCCAAAUCUUAUGGUUCUGUUCAACGAUCAAAUAAUCAAAGCCAGUAGGAAUCCGGAAUCAAAACUGCCCUCGUUGCAAUCAAAAAUUAAGAUAUGGCUCACCAUAAUCGAUUAUACAGAAGCACUCUUCGAAGUAUCGGCUAAGAAGCUUUGGGGUGAAGCAGGACGAUGGUUCAUUAUUGCGUUGAUUCAAAUGUUGAAAGUUGUGAUGCGAUUAGUUCUUGUAUUCCGUUACAAAGAGCGCAUCACUCUAACUCCUGCCAUUCCACCUCUAAAUCGUGAAAAACUCAAUGAAAAUAAUGAUGGAUUGCAACGCCCUAAGGAAGCAUUCUCUCUUAAACGUUCUGGUAAAGUUGUGAGAACAGUGAGGAGUAGUUCUUCGCAGCCAAGGACAUGGACACCUCCUACCUCUUCAUCUUCUGUUGAAACUGAAGAACUUGGGAAUGCUACUACUAUAGAUUCGUUAAAAAAAUCUUUACUUAUAGCAGAAACUUUGUAUAUUGUCAAACCAUUGCUUCAUCUUGGUUGUUUAUCUGUUAGCGGACCAAAGAAUUGGAAUCCUUGGCUCUUAUCUUUUAUCAUCGACCUGACAAGUUUAAAAAUAUUCAGUCAAGAGCCCACAUUAAACAGGGAAGAAAGAGAAGAACUUUGUCGCAGAAGAAUAGGAUUGUUGUUGUAUAUCUUACGUUCUCCCUUUUAUGACAAUUGCAGUCGCAUGAGAAUUUUCUACAUGCUGGAGACAAUAUCGAAAACAGUACCAUUAGCAAGACUAAUAGCGGAGCCAAUUGCUAGAUAUUUGCCACACUGGCAGAACACAUACUUCUACAUGUGGUCAAGUUGAAGCCAGUUUGCGAAUGAUAAGUUCUUCGAUAUCUGACGAACCUUUGUGUUGGCCACAAAAACAGUUCAGGUAUGCAAAUGCUUGAUCAAGGCAUUUAAAUGCUGCAAUAUUCCUUUUAUAUUAUACGUUAUUUAUUCCAUGACAUUAUUCCAUGAGAAAUUAUGAACAAGGGAAAGUAUUGGUCAAACAGCACUAAUUUGAUUACCAAAAUUUUUAAGAGCUCUGACAGAAUGCUCUGAUAAAAUCAGGUGAUUUUUGCAGUUUUUCCAUUAUAUAGUUAAGAUAUUUUUAUUAUGUAAUUGCGUGGUAUUAUAGAUGGUGGCUGGUUAGUGAGUGUAAACAUUGAGCUCCAAACAUUCCUAUGGUGAUUGCAAAGAAUGAUACCUUUAUCUACUUAAAAGUUUAUAGUGUAAAUGUAUACUUUCGCUGUUGAAAUGAAUAAAUUGUUUUCUAAAAUUUUA